AUGAUUGACUUCAAGGAGUUGGCUGCGCUAAUGCGUGGCUUGGCAGGGACACCGGUGACACCAUGGGAGGAUCAUGAAGUGAGAGCCUUGCUGAAAGCUAUGGAUUCCGACAAUGAUGGGAAGGUUCUUUUGACGGAGUUCGGCACUUGGCUUUUCGGACAACAGAUGUCAAAAGACGAGGAGUCCUUGCUGAAAACGGCCGAGCUGAAGUUGACGACCCCAAAAGGAGCCAAAGAAGGAACCGGCAUGAACAGCAAAGACAGUAGCAAAGCCGCAGGCAAAGCCGUCAAAGCUCACGGCAAAGCUGAAGGCUCAGGCUUAACGAAGAGCGCCAGCACGAGCAGCAAAAGGAGUGACACCAGUGCACGAGACAAACAUCCUCAGGAAGAUGAAGUGGAAGAGACCGGAGAAGACGACGAGGCGGAAGAGGAUGAAGAGGACGAACCCGAGGAAGAGGUGGAAGAGGAGGAAGAUGAAGUGGAAGAUGACGAAGAUGGGGCGGAAGAGGAUGAAGAUAUUGACGUUGACGACAAGGAGUUUACAAAGCUCAGUCAAACUGGUAGAAGUGCUUUGUGGCAGAAGUUGAUGCCUGCUCGAGAGGGUUCUGCACAAGAUGCAGCUGUGAGGAUGAAAACUUUGAAGCCACCCAAUUCGAAAAGACCGGGAGAUCACAAGCAUGCACUGCUUUAUUUGCAGAAUCAUGCCGGUUCCAAUGUCGAACUCGUUGGCAUUAAGCCUCCCGGUGCAGAUCGACAGAAGGCAUUGCGUUGGUUGAAGGAUGCACUCCUGAGAAUCAGCGAAGCUGGAGACAAGUCAUACCAACUGCCAGUGAAGUGGCUGAUUGGGAAUUAUCGCUUGUGGCCAGACGACGAUGAUAGUGGAUUUGUAGACUUGAAGCACUUGGCGGUUGAGAAGUUGGAUGCCAUUGGCCAAAAAUAUGAGGCUCAGUAUGUGGACCGAAAGCUUGGCAUGGAACUAGGCUCUGUGGGGGGAGACUUAGAAUUCAAGAUUCGACCGCGGCAGGAUCACUACCUCAAGGUGAUUGGACCAGUUGCGGAGUAUUUUGGAUUGAACGAAAUCUCCGACAAGGCCUUUCGCCGGCUCAGUCCUGAGGAAAAGGUCGAUGUUGAAGCUGAGCAUGAACGGAAGCAGCAAAGUUCCUUCAUUAUAUUCCUUCUGACUGCAGUUCAUGGUUUGGAUCAUAUCUUUCAAAGUUCUGCCAAAGAGAUUUGCGAAAGUGUGGGUGGUACCUCACGUGCACCUCCUCCAAAGGGCUUUAUGCGAAUGUGGGCCAAGCUUGACACGGACCAUGCAAAGGCAGAAAGCCCGAGGGCGGCAGAGAAUAUCGACACCAAUCGGGUUGCAUGGAUUUUUGAGGAGCCCUCACAACUUCGUGAUGCUUUCAAGAAAGCCAUGGAGGUCUUUGGAGCCCCACUUCGAGUGAAGAAUGGAUAUGAUCCAAACUUUGAUGCCAUGGGGGAGACGAAAGGUUAUCGUAAUAUUUUAGCCAAUUACAAGUUCAGCCCAUCGCUCACCUGGGGAACUCUUGCUAAAGAGUCAACGACACAAGCUGCCUGGGACAACUUUCGGAUCUUUGCUUGA